AACCACCAAAGCAAACCAAGCACCAACGAUGACCAACAACAGCAGCACACCAGCAGACCCAAUCGAACAAAAGGAGACAACUAAUGAACAACCAGAAACAAAAAACAAUACCAACGGGGCAACAGGACCAGAACCAGAACCAGAGAAUGAUGAACAGACGAACGAGAGUAAUGAAUUGAUCCAAUCGAACAAAUACCUCGACGGACUCAUCUAUCCCCCUCCCGAAAUCAGAAGUAUUGUCGAUAAGACCGCCGCGUUUAUUGCAAAGAACCAAAACCCCAAACUAUUCGAAGAUAAAAUUAGACAACGAGAGAAAACAGAUUCCAGAUUCUCAUUUCUAAAUCCAGAUGAUGCCUACAAUCCAUACUACCGACAUCGGAUCGAAAUCAUCAAGAAUGGGGGUGACCCAACCCAACCAGCGAGCUCAUCCAAGACCAAUCCAACCAAUUCAACCACCGCGCCUCCCAAGCCAGAGGACGCCGACAAACCACCAGAACCAACAGCAUUACAAUUCUUGAUCGAACCUAGUCAGAUGCCCAAAAUCAAUGCUGUCGAUCUCGAGAUCAUCAAACUGACUGCCCUCUUCACCGCCCGUCUCGGCCGGAAAUUCGUCACCGAUCUCAGUCAACGAGAGUCGCGUAACUACCAAUUCGAUUUCCUCAGACCAUCCCACUCCUUGUUCGCCUUCUUCAACAGACUCGUCGAACAGUACACUACCAUCCUCAUCCCUCCACCCGAGAUGAUCUCACGCUUGGAGAAAUUUGCCGGCGGUCCACCAAUCGAUCGCAAACGAUUAGAUCUUGAGACGAUCAACCAAACUCAGAAGAAACAUACGACCAUUGGUAGGCGGGCUGUGAUGGCCGAGAUCGAGAGCCGGAUCAACUGGGAGAAAUACCAAGGCUUACAACUCCAGAAGAGAACGAGUGAGGAGGAGAAGGAGAAGAAAGAGUUCAAUGAGAUCGAUUGGGAGGACUUUAUCGUCGUUAGUACGGUCGAGUUCACAGAGAAUGAUGAGGUGAUCGAUCUACCCCCACCGAUGAGCAUCAGUGAGGUCGAAAAUAUGACGAUCGCACAGAAGAAGAUGGCUGCAAUGGUGAUGGAGGGUAAAGAUGUGAGCUCACUAACCGAGGAGCAACUGGCUUUGGAGGAAUCCGCAAACGAUCUGGAAGCCAAUCAACUACUUGAGGACGCCAAGCGCUCAGCAGAGGAAGCCAAAGAACAGGCCGCCCAGCAAGCAAAAGCCGAUGGAUCGAAGGAUGGCGAGGACGAGGAGAACAAAGUAACCGAGAGCAAACAAACUGCUGAGAUCAAGAAACUGAACCCCACAGGAAUGAAGAUCCGUAAAGACUACGUACCCAAGGGCAAGCAAGGUUCCACCCAGCAGAACGGGGCAGUCGGCGGUAAGGUGAUCACGACUCUCUGCCAGAUUUGUGGUCAGCAGAUUAACGUCAACGAGAUUUCCGAACACGUUCGAAUCGAACUUUUGGACCCAAGAUGGAAGGAGAAGAAGCAAAAGACUGAACUGAACCGAAGCUCAUCAAACAUGUUAACACUUGGUUCGGACGUCUCCUCGUCACUCAGAGACUUGGCCAAAUCCCGUUUGGAUAUCUUUGAGGAGAAUGUCACGGAAGAAGAGAAACAGAGGCGAGAGGCAGAGCAGAAGAAGUUGAAACAAUUGGCUAAGGAGAAAUAUACCUGGGACGGUCAUCUCAACACCGGUGAACGAGUCACGAACAUUUACCAGACUGGAGCCAACCUGGACGAGCAAAUUCAAGCUCUCCAUCGAUCGAAAGGUUUGACGGGAGAAUCCAUACACUCUGGACCUCAGAUCGGCCCCUUAGCAGGGGCUAUGCCGCCUCAGCCACCCCCAGCUCAACCCAACCCCGCCUUACUACAACAGCAACGAGCCUUACAACUUCAACAACAGCAGAUAGACCUACACAUCCUCAACAUUACUAGUGGGCUCACCGGCUCCGGUGCACCGAUCCCACCCACCUCGGUCCAUCAUCAACCUUCGUUUGCCGGUGGGGCAACACUCUCGGCCGCCCCACAGCCUGUUUCAUCUCGUCCUUCCCCCUUGAUCGAUCCCGGACGAGCGGCCAUGAUCAGCGGUUCGAUGCACGCUGGUGCGACUCCACCGGUCUCGAUUCCUCCCAACGGACUCGGUCCUCCAUCGGAAGCCACGCCUCCGAUCACGGUUACCCCGGCGACUGGGUCUGUUGAAGAUGGCGGAACCCCCUCGAUGGCUGGAGGCCCCAACGGGACGCCAAGUUUCCCGGUCUCUGCCGGACUGCCUGGUCGGCCGAAUGUGCCGGACUUUGGGGCCGGCAUCCCGGGUCCACAGCAGGCGAGUCCCCAGCCAGGAUCGGGUAUGAGUCCGGCUGCAUUGACCCCGAUGGCUGCACAACUGGCGAUCGACAACAUCACCAAUCAAGUCAGUGGUGGAGCCGGCCUGGCUCGGCCGGCCGAGGACGACGGGCCAGAGGGCCAGCCCGGGGCCAAGAAGAUCAAACUCAGUCCCGCGCCUACGGAUGAUCCUUCCCUCACUCUCCCCUCCGCUCCCAUCAACUUGCCACCUCAGCCGGCCGUGCCUCAACUGUUCACUGAGGAACAGUGGAUCGAAAUGCAUCCCGAACCGAUCUCCCUGCUCAUCAAACUGCCCGAAUAUCCCGAUAAACCUGAGUGGGGUUGCGACGGAAGUGAGAUUGUGUUGGAGGAACUUCCAAUCACACUUUUGGUCGGCGUGUUACGUGAUAAAUUAUCAAACUUGAAAGGGAUUCCAGUGGGUAGACAACAGAUUAAAUCAGCUAAUAAGAUCUUGCCUAAUCAGGUCACUCUGGCUUCUUUAAACUUCAAGAGUGGUGAUAAAUUAAACUUGGCUAUUAAGGAACAACGUAAAAAAUAAAUAAACAGAAUAACAUGAAAUCAAAAAAAGAAACAAAAAAUACGGAUUUUUUUCUUUUCCCUUUUUUUGAGAAAAAAAAAAUGACAAAAGGCGUGUUUAGUUUGAGAGGGCCUUAUCUGAACACAUAAUUAUAUGAAAAAAUGGGCUUGUAUGGGUU